GGCUCCUCUGUAUAUCUGGCUCCGGUUCCAGCUUGCUACAGGUGGUUGUAGUAUUUUCCGGGUUUUUAUUUGUACUUUUACCGACUUUUCCUUGUGCGUUUUUUUCUUUUCUCUCCAGCCUGCACUCUGUUCUAUGCACUGUCUGGUUGAAUUUGAAUAGACUUUGGGAGGCAACGUCUCCAGUGUACAGCAGCAGCACAAAGUCCCGUGCUUUGAACUAAAAUAUGGCGGGACUGAGGGAUUAUACUGCCUCGCAAAAAAUAGCAGCCAAAGGACGAUGCGUUUUGGAUUUGUUUUAAAGCUGUGAGGUUUUUGCGCGAACAGUUUUCGGUCCCGCUGGAGUUAUUGGUAUGAAAUAAUCAUGCCCUUUCAUCAGAGGAGCGUUGAGCCGCGGCGUGUUUGUAGGUUAUCGGCGAGGGAUGGCUGGAUACCAAGGGAAGAAACCGGGAAACGCAAGUUGCGAAAACCCGUGUUGUUCUCGUCAUUGGAUGAGGUUGGCUGUCAUACUUUGACCAACAUAAUUCACCAACUUUCCGACCUUUCUCGACAUGCCAGCGACAUCUUCCUGGGCAUCGAGAUGGAGGCAGGGAUGGUGUUCAGAAGAUCCUGCAGGAUUCAGGGGCGGCUGCAAAGGCUGCAGGGUGAAGUCCGCAAGUUUGAUCCGAAGAACAUCAAAAUCCCGGUGUCUAACCUGGAUGAGGAGAGCAAGUGGACAGUUCAUUACACAGCGCCGUGGCACCAGCAGGAGAACGUCUUCCUGCCAGGCAGCAGGCCGCCCUGCGUAGAAGACCUCCACCGCCAGGCCAAAGUCAACCUCAAGACCGCCCUGCGAGAAUGCGACAAGCUGAGGAAAGAUGGUUUUCGGAGCUCUCAGUACUACUCUCAGGGUCCCACCUUUUCUGACCCCUUACAGUCCACCAGCAGCCUGCAGGAUGAGGAGGAUGACAAUGAUAAGAAGUCCACAGCUUCAUCAGCUGAGGACGACAAAUCUCAGCUUUCCUUGAGGCCCCAGACCCCGCAGGGAGGAGAGGGGUACGAGGUUGACGGACAGGUUGUAUGGAACAAAGGCACACCCCUCCCCACCCCAGAGGAGAAGAUGAGGCUGGCAGCCCAGGCCGUGCCCACAGACAUAGUUCCCAUCAACGUCACAGGGGCAGUGUUUGACCGACAGGCGAGCAUCCGGCGCUCCCUCAUUAACACUGACACCGUGUCCCGCCGGCCCAAGAAGGUCAAACGCAGAAAGACUAUAUCAGGGCUGCCUGACAACUUCAACCAUGAGCUAGCAGCAAAAGGACACGGUGGAGAGCUACGGCCGCAUUCCAUGUUCAUCCCGGGACAGUACUCCACCUUGGGCAGAGUUGGGAGCGUCAACUCAAUGCUCCGACGUUCAGAGACCAGAGACUCUGGCUGCCAGACAGAAGAAGUAAAGAUUGUACCCCCGUCCAUGAGAAGAAUCCGGGCUCAGAGAGGACAGGGAAUUGCUGCUCAAAUGGCUGGCAUUUCUGCUUCCUCCUCAACAGGAAGUAUAUCCGUCUCGAGUAGUGACAGCUCUGGGAUCUUGAUGCUGCCACAGUUUAACAGAGACCCUUCCCGUUUUCACAGUCUGCCCCGACAGGGUGCUAGGGUGUCCCUCAGUGCUGACCCCAUCUAUAGCAGCACCCCCAUCAAGUCAGAGGAGCAAACUACACCUCAGAGGCAAAUUGGAAAGUUUCAGGUUGACGAUACAGUAGUGCACAUGAGACAUGCCCCAAGGACAGGCACCCUGCCCAGGCCCAAGUCUCAGGAGGUGAGGUGGACACAGGCCAGUGAUUGGGCUGGUGGUCCAGCAUGUGUGGUCUCCCCACAUGCUGCCUACUCCACCUCACUCAUCCCUAAUGCCACCAUGUCAAGCUCCUCCGAGGUCAUUACCCUGAACACCUCCGGUCAGCUCUCCCACUCCCCAGCCUCAGCUUACCCCACAGCUCGGCCACUCAGUCUGGCUUCCUCCACCAGCACUGACCCCAUGAUCUCCAGUCCGACAGCCUUUACUCACAGCUCCACCUGCCCAGCCUUGGCCACUUCUACCCCCACUCACACACCAAAGGAUGGUGGUCUGGUAGUCACAGCACCUGCUAGCGAGUCAGGACACUCGGACGGCAGCAUACACAGCCACAGCACCUUGGCCCCCACGCCACCAUCCUGUCUGUCAGAGGAGCAGUGGAUCUACGACACGCCAGAAAACGUGGUGGUUCCACAGCGCACUCUGACCUCCAGCUGCUCCACUCCUAUAAACCAGCUGUAUAGCAGCCUGGACCUCUCCUCCAGGACCACUACUGACUCCAGCUCCCUCUAUUCCCAAGACAAUGAUGGAUACUACACCUCCAUGCACAUGGACUCAGGCCUGCGCUCUCGCAGCCAUGGCAGCGGGCAUGGUGCAGCACCUGGACGGGCCACCCGGCACAGCAUGUACGAGUGCCGUGAGAUGGCCAAUCAGGAAGACUCUGGAAGCUUGUACAGUGAUCGCUCUCUGUCCCGCAGCAUCUCCCUCCGCAAGGCCAAAAAGCCUCCGCUGCCCCCAGCUCGUACAGACUCUCUUAGACGCAAGACUUCUGUGAAAAAGCCCCUUGGAGGCGUUAGCGCCAUCAGCGGUGCUAAUGAGCCAAACAGAGCCAUGCUUAAUGAGACUCUAAUUGCCAGCUUGCAGCAGAGCCUACAGAUGGGGCUGAGAGGAGGGAAAGGAAAAGUGGCUUCACCUUCUUCACCCUCUCAUAGCCCGAGCAGCGACUACGAUGACCCUUGGGUGCUACGGCCACGCAGUCAGAGUAGCAUCAGUGCAGGUAGCUCUGCAGCAUCACUAGUAGCUAACGCCAACUGUGGCGGUGUGUCUAACGUUUACUCGCUGUGCCACGUGACGCCUGCUCACAGUGACACCAGCAGCUUGCGCUCAGACUAUGCUGAUUCCUGGGGCUACUACAUGGACUACCCUCGUAACCAUGGAGACCAGAGGGCACAGACCCCGCCGGCUCAUGCCGCUGAUAACAUGUCGGCUGGGGCUCACCCAGGAGAAUUGCAGAAUGGAGGUGAGCUUCUCAACAACAGUCAGGCCCCUGGAGCUCCAUGUCAGGAGGCAGGGGUGGCAGUGAAGCCCAAAAUGUCCACCUCCUCACCAGACAGGGUGCAUAGGCUGACCUCCCCAUCUAGCGGCUACUCUAGUCAGUCCAACACCCCCACAGCUGGAACCCCAGUGCCCUCGUUUGUCAGGUCCAUGUCUCCCUCAGGCAGCCGGCCCAAGCCCAAAGUGCCCGAGAGAAAAUCAUCUCUCCUCUCCUCUGUAUCCCUGUCCUCCUCUUCCACCUCCCUUUCCUCCAACACCUCGGACUCACUUAAAAGCUCCGGACCUCCCCCUCCACCACCCCCACCCUUGCUCCUCUCAUCCUCCUCAGCUCCCACCACCCCUCUCAGCGCACCUCCACCCUUCCCUCCCCCUCUACCGCCAUGUACCAGUGCAGGCACUCCUCCGCCAGCUCCCCCGUUACCAACCACUCCACAGGGUCCAACUCUGAGCCCACCCCCUGCUUGCUCCACCUCCCCAGAAUUCCCUCCUCCUCCAUCCCCUGAAAUGCUAAUCCACCCCAGUUCAUCCUUCAAUGGGAGCUUCAGUCCUCCCCCUCCACCUCCCCCUCCCGUCCCCUCCAUGGGGCCCCCUCCACCUCCUCCACUGCCUGCUUUUGUCCCACCUUCCUCCUCCCCAUCCUUUGUGAAGGCAGUGAAAGAUGCUCCGAAACCAGCUCUUUCCAGCCCUACAAAUUCACCUAAGCCCCUCAUCACCCCGUUUGCACUGCAGAGUGUUCAGCUCCGCUCUGUUAAACAUCCAGAGAAGGAAAUUAACGGCAGUUCAGACCACACCAAAGCUCAGAAAACAGGGGUGGACCUCCUUCAGGGUCUAAAGCCCCUGGCCCUGGAGAAGUCUCACUCCAUGGAGCAUCCCACUGUGCUACACCUGUCAAACUGUUCCCCAGAAGAAGAUUCACGUUACUGCUCACCUUCACCUGUGUCAAAGCUCUUAGAAGAGUUGUCUUUUGACUGCAGUAUCACAGAUGACACGCCAGCUAGUGCAGUCAUGAAUGGAGAAGCCAAGAAUCAGAGUUACUUUCUCUUAAACGGAAGAGAAAAAGUUGAAGGACAGGACUCAUUGCCCCCACAGAGCUCCCAAAGCUCUCCUGUCAAACAGAAGCCCCCAGUAAUCUCCAAGAAACCCAAAAUCUCUUUUCUCCCACCAUUUAGCCCCCAACCAAUCAAUGAACAGGUUCCAUCGCAGCAUGAGGAUACAACCAGCCUGUCACAAACAGAAGACCAAGUAGAUGCGCCGCCAAGACAAAUAAAGAAAGAUGAGAAAGAGCGGAAAAGUGAGCAACAGGAGGCCGAGGAAACUUCAGAGAGCUUGGAGCUUCUAGCAGAGAGCAGUGAAACAUCCACAGUCACCCAGAACGAGUCCUACAUUUCUGUUUCUGCCAGCCAGUCAAGUCUUGACCAUGGACUGUGUACCGAUGGAGAGGCUCAUGAAGAGGAAGAGGAAGAGGAAGAGGAGGAGGAGGAGGAGGGAGAUGGAACAAGUAGCACGACUGGAUCCAUCAGCUCCAAGGAGGACGACACUGGUGAGGUGUUCUACUCCAGUACGGCUGAAUCGUCGCCGGCCCCAUCAGCUAACGGGGCCUCCGAGGAGAACAUGGUAACCCCGACUCCCACGCGGCCCCGAACCACUGAGGACCUUUUUGCCGCCAUUCACAGGUCGAAGCGCAAGGUCCUGGGUCGCAAGGAGUCUGAGGAGGACAAGUCCCGGGCUGGAAGCCACCCACAGUCUCCCCCCGUCACCCCGACAGGCGGGUCCCCAGUGAUGGUGUCCCCAGGGCCGGUGUCCUCCUUGCCCCACCAGACAGGCUCCAUCCAGCGCAACCUCCGCAAGUCCUCCACCAGCAGCGACACCUUCAAGGCCCUCCUCCUGAAGAAGGGUAGCCGCUCAGAAACCAGCUUCAGGAUGUCGGCCGCUGAGAUGCUUCGCUCCACUGACCCUCGCUCCCAGAGACCACACUCUGAGUCAGGGUUAGACUCGCCUGCUGCUUCCCCCUCCUCACUGAUGGCGCCGCACAGCCCCUGCACCUCCCCCGGCCGUGGUAAAAGGGCAACAGAUGAGUGGAGCCGCUACGAGGCCUUGGCUCUGUCCUCACCGACUUCAUCGUCCUUUACAAUGAGCGGGUUAAAAUAUGGGCGCUCACGCACGCCGCCCUCUGCUGCCAGCAGCAAGUACAACGCACGCAGCCGAAUCCUCAGCAGCCCAAUGACAGUAAUCUGUGAGCGAGAGGGGGAGCUGGCUGAGAGCGAGUACGGAGACACUGCAGAGAGUCUGUCUGGACCCACGGCUCCGACUCUCCCUGGGCUCAAUAACUCCAAUGGCACUUUAUCUAAAGAGAGCAGAAGUUAAAGAGCAAGGACUGCCCCUUAGAUACAGGGAGCGGAACUCACUCGUCAUAACCAGGUAGGGGGCAGGAAGAGGAGCCAAUAGACGGCCCUCUAGAGACACCUUCCUGAGCCCCACCCCCUCGGCGCUGCCUCUGAGGGAGUGGACAUGUUGGGUCCUGAUGUGAGGUCAUAGGUUGCCCCAUCGUGGACCGGACUGAACUUAGUCUGAAGUGGAGAACUGGUUCUGCUGCAGCUUUUCAAAACUCCCAUGAUUCUCACUCUGUCCUUCGUUUGGUGACUCACCCUUUGUGUUAAAAGAAUAGUGUUUCUUUAACGCCUGGUGUUCUUAGUUUGUUUUCCACUUGUUUUGCUGUUUUUUUUUAAUUAACUUUUAGUUUGUCCUUAACACGCUGGAACCUUUUCAGUUUCUUUGAAGGACAAGGUUAAAAUGGUAAACUUAGGUGAAUUAAAGGAAUUGAAAAGUCACAAGUUGUAACUUUGCUGCUGUGGUGCUACGUAGCUUGGCAGUUGGCAAGAGUGAAAUGUAGAGGCAUGCUGCACGCUCGCUUUGUGAAUUUUCUCAGCUUCUGCUUCUCUUCUGUUGGCUCUGGAAAGUGUUUGAGAGCACCAUGGUUUGCAAGGGUUGGCUUCAAACAGCCCAUAAUAUUGUGAAACGAACUCGAGGGCAGGGAACAACAGACAGCUCCAUAACUUCAGCUGCGGUUUGCCCAAGUUUUGCUUUCUGUUCUUAGGUCAGAGGUUUAGUUGGCAGAGCUGGUAUGUUCAGUGGUCCAUAGGAAGUGCAGAGGGCUCAAUGCUGUCACCUAGUGAUGGCCAGGAAGUAAAUAACUGUCGAAUGUAAAAAAAACACACAUUUACUUUAUAAAAAAGGCUCAUAAAACCUCUAUUAAAUGAAUUUUAGUUUAUAGAUUUUACACUGUGCGUAGGACUUUUUCUUUGUUUGUGACUUAAAAACUAUGUUUUAAAGAUUGUUUUAAUAAACAAGUGAUGUCAUGAUUUGUGUUUGGGAGUUAAGUAUAAAUCUAUAAAUGUAAAGGCAGAAAUCAAAUUAGAAGAAAAGCUUAUUUUACUGUCCGCCGGGUCUUUUAGGGAUCAUGUUGGUUACCAAAGAGCUGAAAAGUUAACUGCUGGCCGUUAGCGUCUGACCAUUUAUCUGACACCCUGCAUACGGUCCAGUCAUCGCUAAUUUAGCUGAAACCUACUAGAAGCUUUUAGGGCUUUAAUGAUUUCUAUAAUGCUGUUAGGCUUUCUGCUAAGUUUAACCUUUUUGCAGUUUUAUAUGAUUCUGUAUGUAAAUAUAUAGAGAAAGAAGUUUUAAGUAACAUUUUGGCUUAUUUUCAGAGACUGUACAUUUUAAUAGCCCUGUGUUUGCUGGAAAGGAGUGGUUUCCUUUUUGUAGAUUAUUUAUUUUCACAUAGCAGGGCUGCAAAAGGUGUCACAAUCAACCAACAAGGUGAUGGAGGCACAGGGAAGGGUUGGGAGGGCCACAUUUACUACGCUGAUCCACUAGGCCAUUUUUCUUUUUAAAGGUGCUUCAGAGUAACAACAAAAAUGCAAUAAUGUCAAUAUUUAUGCUAAAGCCUUCUACUGCCCUUAAUCUUGAGUCAUGCAAAGCCCACGCUGGUGUUCACAGCUGAGUAAAUGUGGUCCCUUUAGAGUCAUAAACUGAGGUAACAGGCGUGAGACUUCAUAACCUCCUAACAGCCGUAACACCCUGUGGUUUAAUCACCUGUGACCAAAGUGUGUCCCAGCUCCCGCGCCCCCCACCCAUGAUUGAGUACUUGGGCCCCCCGGGCUUGUGUCAUGACAGGACAUCUCAAUCGCAGAGAGCUUGUGAAAAGACUGGAGGACAGAAAGUAGUGGGAGUGGAGCUGCUAACGCUCUUGUGUAUGUCUGUGUAAUAAAAACAAGGUGAUAUUUAAA